GGAGGGCGCGCCGGGCGGGCCCCGCUAACGCCGCUCCUCUGUGCCCGCAGCGCCCGCAGCGAGCUCGCCACGGCGCUCAACGACCGCGGGCAGGUGCGCUACCUGCGCGUGGAGUUCGCCGCCGCCCUGCAGGACUUCACGGCCGCCAUCGAGUGCCAGCCCGGCUUCGAGGUGCCCUACUACAACCGCGGGCUGGUGCGCUACCGGCUGGGAGACUUUGAUGAGGCCAUGGAAGAUUUCAGGAAAGUCUUAGAGUUAAACCCCCAGUUUGAAGAUGCUGCAUUGAGUCUAAAACAGGCUAUUCUUGAUAAAGAAGAAAAACAGAAGCGGGGUUAUUGAAAAUUCAGGUAGUGAUAUGAUGCGAAGUGAAAAUAUUCCCCUGAACAUGUGAUUUUGGUCAUUGAUGGAUAAAACAGAAGAUCAUUUACAUCUGUUGAAGAACUUCGUUCUUGGAUGAACAAGUUAAAAUUGAUUAUGAUUGCAAAAUAAACUAGAUUUGGUAUUUUUGGUCUUCAGGGAAAGUAUAAUGUUGAUCUCUGUGAGACACAUGUACAGAUUUUGUACUGAAAUACUUGGUUAUUCUAUAAUAAAUGUAUUAUCCAGAUUAAUUGAAAAUAAAAAA